UCCCGUUAAUCCGCUUCCCUGUGAAAAUGCCCUGUAUUGUGGAUUUUUAUACCGGCUUAUUAUUGGCGUCAGUUAGCUUGGUGAUAAUCAGAAGCGAACUGUCCGUGGAAGUGCUGAGCGUAGUCAAUGUUCGGCCAGAUGGAACGAUGGGACGGUUGGCGUUAGUGGGACCGGCCGUCGAUGUGGCCAUCGAGGAAAUUAACAAACGUUACAGUGGGCAACUAUCCAUGCGACAAACGUAUCUAUACAACAACGGAUCGGCCAGUUGCAGCGAUCUGAAGGCCGUGGAAACCCAGCUGCUGGCCGCGUAUUUCUAUAGUCCACAACGCCAGGUGGCGAAUGUGACGGCGCUCAUUUACCCAGGGUGUUUUGAUGAGAGGACACAAAUGGCCUGGAUGACAAACGAACUGGACCUGCUCACUGUAUACGGCGGCGCACAAAACAGCACCCGGCUGCCGCAGGUCAUCGCAGCCGCCUACACGAACUCAGGUCCGUACGGCCGCCUGACACUGGCGAUGCUGAAGAUGUACCGCUGGACGGACGUCUACGUCAUCUACGACAUUGCUUUGUCUCAGUUCGCCACCUACGCCAAGGCCAGUGCGGCUCUGUUGGCAUUCUAUGGAGUCAAGUCCACUCUAGUGCCAGUGAUGUGCCAUGUCAAUGUCACAUUCACAGAAGUCCUACGCGACUUCCGCUCACGCUCACGCGUGCUGAUCUUCUCCGCCAGUCUCGACCAUCUCCGGAAAUUACUGAUCGAUGCCUCUGCACUAAAUAUGACAAAUGGCGAAUACGUCUACUACACGGUUAACACCGGCGCGGAUAUUGCCAUUUACGGACAAUUGCAAUGGCAGAAAAAUGAUAGCAAUGACGAGGUGAGGCUGUGCGGAGAUGGAAAUAGGGACAGCUUGACCUGGCGGUUAGGUUGUCGAGAAAGUCUGGAUCGGUAA